UAAACAAAUGACGAAUCUCAUCUCGAUUGUAAAGAACGUAGCGCGUCACUAUUGUGUUGCAUAUGUGUGUUGUACGGAAUUGUUUGUGUUAUCUAUCAUGUUUUUAUCAAAAAAGUGAUGUUUGUGAACUUGUAUGGAUAUAAAUCUACGCUUAUUUAGUGAAUGGUCCAUCUGGAUGUUAAAAAAAGAAAAAUGUCCCGCCAUGAGAAGGCAAAGAGCGGCUUUCCAAAAUGCAGCGUGUUCGCAACCGAAUAACAUGUAAAGACGAUGAACUGAAAAUGAGUGAUGAAUAGUGCAAGUGUUAAAAUAAGUGAAAUGUAUAAAAACAGUGAGUCAAAAUGAGUGAGAGAAACUACAAUAGUUUGCCGCGGCUGAAAAGGAAAGAAACAUGGAGAAGAAAGGGGCUGGACACAUGGUUCGGGAGGCCGAAAAAGGGUGGGGGGCAGAUCGAGCGAGGCUACGACACGGUACCUCGAGGGACGGAGCCGAGGGCUGAGGAUGACGAGCCCUCGGCCGCCGCGGAGUACACCAGCAAGAUAGAUGCCUUAGAUGACGCUCAGCUGCAUCGGCGGUUUGAGGAAAUGCUGGCGGAUAUGAAUCUCAAUGAAGAGAAGAAGGAGCCGUUAAGAAAGUACCCUCGCGAUCAGAAGAAGAAGAUGCUGGUUGCCUAUAAAUUUGUUAAUACGCAGGAAGGCCGCUCCAAGUUCGAGAAGCCAUCAGACUAUGUUACGUACCUCAACCAGCCGGAGCUCUCAGUUGGCAAACUCCACGGAUGCUUAGAGAAUCUGAGGAUAUCGCUGACCAACAACCCGCUGUCCUGGAUCGAGGAGUUUGGCACUAAAGGCAUUGAGAGCCUGCUUACUACGCUUAACCAGUGUUAUACGAAUGACUCCCGCUACGACAGAGUGCAAUACGAGUGCAUCAGAUGCCUCUCAGCAAUCCUCAACAACACAGUCGGCAUCCGCACCAUGUUCGAGUGCCGGGAAGCUCUGCCGGUGCUGGCCAGGAGUCUCGACGCCAGGAAGCCGCACUGUGCACUCGAGGCCGCCAAGGUGCUAGCAGCAAUAUGUCUGAUCCCCAACGGUCAUGAGAAGGUACUCGAAGCCAUCACGAUGGCCGGCGAGUCGAGCAGGAAACCUCGGCUGCUCCCCAUCAUUGAGGGUUUGGAGACGAAGACACCUGAGAGUUUGAAGACAGGCUGUAUGCAACUUAUGAACGCGAUAAUCACAGAGCCAGAGGAAUUGGAGUUCAGGCUACAUCUGCGCAGCGAGUUCAUGAGGACUGGACUUUAUGAUUUGAUAGACGAGCUCCGCGCGGGCGCUGAAGGAGCUCGGCAGAUCCAGAUGACGGUGUUCGACACGCACGCCGCCGCCGACCAGGACGAGUUCCUCGCCAAGUUCGACGACGUCAGAGUGGAUUUCAACGAUGUGAAUGAAUGCUUCGAACUGGUCAAGAAUCUAGUGAUGGAUACUCCGGCGGAACCUUACCUACUGUCUAUAUUACAGCAUUUGUUGUUCAUCAGAGAUGAUGAGCUUAUUAGGCCAGCAUACUACAAGCUAGUGGAAGAAUGUAUAACGCAGAUAGUUCUACACAAGAACGGCUACGACCCCGACUUCAGAGCCACGCAGAGAUUCAAUAUAGACGUGCAGCCGCUUAUUGAUGGACUUAUUGAAAAAUCCCGAGCGGAAGAAGAGAAGAAAGUCGAAGAGUUACGCACUAAGCUCGAAGCCGCCAUCGCAGCCCGACAGGAGGCCGAAGCCCGAGCUGCGCACUUAGAGGAGAGGCUGAAGGCCGGACAAGCUGUGGGGCCGGCCGGCUUAACUCAUGGGAAUAUCGCUGCUAUUGCUAAGGUGAUAGGCAGUCCCGGAGGCCCGGCGCCUCCGCCCCCACCACCCAUGCCUGGAGGGGCCGGCCCGCCGCCGCCGCCGCCAAUGCCGAUGUCAGGUGGCACGGGCGCACCUCCGCCGCCGCCCAUGCCCUCAGCAGGUGGAGGUCCACCACCGCCUCCCCCGCCGCCGAUGCCGGGCGGGCCUCGCGGGCCGCCGCCGCCUCCGAUGCCGGGUAUGGGGCCUCCACCGCCGCCUAUGAUGGGUGGGCCCAGGCCGCCGCCGCCGCCCGGUGGGCUUAUGAUGCCGAGGAUGCCCCAACCCGACGUAUUACCUCACGGUUUGAAGCCCAAACGCAAGUGGGAGGUAGAAGGACCGUUAAAACGUGCCAACUGGAAGACCAUAGUGCCGCAGAAGAUGUCAGAAAAAGCUUUCUGGGUUAAGGUACAAGAAGACAAAUUAGCUUCACCAGACAUUUUAAGCGGUUUAGCGUUGAAGUUUUCAAGUAAACCGGUCACUAAGAAAAACGAAGAUGCAGUUGACAAGGUCCACACGCUAAAGAAAGUCAAAGACUUAAAGGUGCUAGAUAGUAAGGCUGCUCAGAACCUGUCUAUCCUACUGGGCGGCUCGCUCAAACACAUGUCAUAUGAGCAUAUCAGGACGUGCGUGCUCAGAUGCGAUACUACCGUGCUCACUGCCAACGUGCUCGACUUGUUAAUACAGUACUUACCCCCAGCGGACCAGCUCAAAAAGCUAGCCGAACUAAAAGUGAACAGCGAAGAGUUGACGGAGGCGGAGCAGUUCGCGGCCACCGUGGCUGACAUCAAGCGCCUGGUGCCCAGGCUCAGGAGUCUGGCCUUCAGGGAGCACUAUGCCGAGGUCAUCUCUGAAGUUAAACCCGACAUAGUAUCAGGCACGGCCGCAUGCGAAGAAGUCAAGUCCAGUGAGAAGUUCGCCAAAAUACUAGAAUUGCUACUGUUGUUAGGAAACUAUAUGAAUUCCGGGUCCAAUAACGCGGGCGCUUAUGGCUUCGAAAUCAGUUUUCUUACUAAGUUAACAGCGACGAAGGAUCUAGAGAACAAACAAACGUUAUUACAUUACUUAGUAGAAACCAUAGAGAAUAAGUUCCCCGAAGUGCUGACCUUCGCAGAAGAAAUGCCUCAUGUCGACAGAGCCGCACGAGUGUCGAUGGAGAAUCUCCAGAAAUCUCUAAAGAAGAUGGAGAAUGACAUCAAGUCGUUGGAAAUGGAUCUAAAUAACUCCAGAGUGCCUCAGUGUUCAGAUGAUUUGUUCAAUGAAUCUAUGAGUUCGUUCGCAAUAGAAGCUCGCGGACAAUGCGACCUCCUACACUCGAUGUUCCGCAAGAUGGAAGCACUAUACUCGGAGCUGGCGGAGUACUACGUGUUCGACGCGCACAAGUACACGCUCGAGGAGUUCUUCUCCGACAUCAAGACCUUCAAGGACUCCUUUAUCGCGGCCCACACAGAGGUAUCAGCAGCCCGCGAGGCGCACGCCCGCGCCGCCCGCGCCCGCAGCGCGCGCGCGCAGGCCGAGCGCGAGCGCAGGGACCGGACACACCGGUACAAGCAGCUGCUGGAUAUACAUCAGGCUCAGGAUGGUGUUAUGGACAGUUUGAUGGAGGCUCUACAAAGCGGGUCCGCGUUCAGUCGGGAACGGCCUAGGAAGAAAGCUAAUCCGAGAGUAGCUGGAGCUGAAAGAAGAGCACAGUUAAGUCGGUCGAGAUCGCGGUCAGGUUUAACGGGCGCUAUGACUACGAGGGAGUUAACUAAUGAAUUGCUGAGCAACGCGUGAUGAAACUCACACCAAGUGAUAUUAGGAACUUAAUAUGACAUUGACAUUCGAUUUUUUCACAGCAAAUUAUUGUCUUUAUACAAAUUAGUGAAAGCCCCAGAUAGAUUUAAUUUCUUAAAUAAAUAAUUAAAAAUUUUGUAGGGUAAAAGUAGUAGCUUUGUAUUUUUCAAAGUUGUAUAAAAUGGAAACUAGCGAAAUAUAUUAUUUUUAGUUAAAAUAUUUUUAUUGAAAAAUUUAAAAUUUGCUGUGAAUACUUCGAGUGUUUCAUUGGAUUUAUAUUGCAUGAAUGAUGGCUCUUACAAUAUUUUUUAAUUGCAAAAUUUUUCGUCAGUCAGACUCGAACUACGGCCUAUUUUUCUUCACACAUAAAAAGUACCCCAAACUGACAAAAAAAACUGUUGUUAGUUUAGGGCCCAAGUUCACCGACAGCAAAACGUCCGUUUUUCUUAGAAUACAUCACUUUUGAAUUGGACGUGAAAAUUCACAAUAUCAUUAAACAUCCUUGCCAGUCGUUACGGGUAAUCAGAAGCCAGUAAGUAUGACACCAGUCUAACCAAGGGGUAUCGGGUUGCUCGGGUAACUGGAUUGAUGAGGUCAGAUAGGCAGUCGCUCCUUGUAAAGCACUGGUACUCAGCUACGUCCGGUUAGACUGGAAGCCGACCGCAACAUAGUUGGGAAAAAGGCUCGGAGGAUGAUGACAGUUGUUUUAAGAAAACUGACGUUUAAGUGUCGGUGUAGGGUCCAAAAGUUUGUGCAAUAUAAAUUCGAUAGCAUAUAGCAAAUAAGUAUAAAAUAAUAAUAUUAUUUUGUAAACUUGGAAACGUAAGAUACUUGCGUUCAAAUUAAAAAAAAAACGAUACGAAAUUAAUGCAUAGAUAUGUCAUAAAUAAAUAAAAAAGACUUUUUGUACUAGUUUUAGUAAGUUGGUACUUUAAAAUAGCCUACUGUAUUACCCUAAUUUGAUUUGGGCUAAAAUACUUAUUUAGUUAUAUUUCACCAUUUUUCUCUAAAUAAUAAAAUCUAGUGAAAAUCUUCCUCAAUUCUUGUACAUAAAGCUUGAUAUUACUACUACAAAAAAAUUUCAAUUUUUUUUCUCCCUUAAAAUAAAAAUUAAUAUCCAUAGAUUUAAGGCAUCUUCAAUAAAAAAUAGGUAUUUUAAAGUACCAAGUUAUUAAAUUAUUUCAUAUGCGUAUACAUAUAAAUUGUCCAUUUAUGUCUGUAUAUAUUUGCUAUUUAAUGUGGUAAUCAGUACUGUAAGUAGAUGCUAAUUUUUAGUAUCAGCCUUAUUAGCUUAUAAAAUCGCGUUCUGUCGUCCCCACUCCAAAUUACUUUGAAAUGGGGGAUAAAUUUUCUUUUUCAUCUUUUCCUAGCUGAUGUCUAGAUGGCUCUGAUCUUGGUACGUUACUGGAAAGAACGGAGCGUCAAAUCUUAUCAAAGUCAUAUAAAUUUCAAGUCGUAUAAGGAAACGUACUUAUGUUGAAUUGCAAAAUUAUUUGCCGCGAACGGUAGGUCUAUUUUUUUUUCUGAACUUGAGCUUUGUUUUUGAUAUUGACUAGCUGUUUCCGGCUGAUUUAUUUGAGAACUUCUCUUUAAAGAAAUCUAUAAAAAUACAGGUAGUCAAUAAAAAUGUGGCUUUUAUACAUUUAAAAACUAUGGCCUGAUUAUUACAAAUAUAUUGCAUAUGACAAGUUUCAAGUGCUGAUUUUGUUCAUCCGAUUUCACUAUGUGAAUGCUAUAAUAAAUAUGUCUACAAUUCAAUUAAUAUAAAAUUAUCUUAACCCCCCUUUUAAACAGCUCUCAUCAAUACGCUUUAUAAAUAUUAAACAAUUAUUAUUUUCAGCAAUUCACAGAAAACAAGAAGUAUUAUUUUGUGAACAGCCAUUUUUGUCCCGUCGAGCCGUCCUAAGAUAUGGUCAAUUUCCAUAGAUUUUGACCUUAAUAAUCAUAUUCAAAUGUCUCGCUACAGGCGUCAAAGUAUUCGCUUAUUAUUGUAUAGAAACAUCAAUAAUUUUUUAUUUAGUUUUAAUCUGCAUUUGUUUCAAUUUCACACGAAAAACGAUGUAAAUGUAAUGAUUUUUUUUAUUUGAUAAAUAUUACAAUUAAGUUUUUUUUUUUAAUGUGUAUAGGCUAUAGGUUAUUACAAUCAGCGUCAUAAUAAUUUAAUUAAAAUUGUCACUCGUCAUGUUAUUUCGUCACAAUUUACUUAAUUUUUCUCAUAUUUGUGAGCUUUGUCACGAAUUUGACAGAUGUCAUAAGUUUGACAGAUGUCAUAAAUGUGACAUUUCCUGUCUCCUAAAUAAUUAUGUAAUUGUACUACUUAUUUAUUGAAUAUAUUCGUCAAAUACGACGAUAAAUACAUCACUUUGGCCCCAAUGUCAUAUUUUUAAGACAUUUUUUUAGCACAAAAUUUGUUUAGCUUAUAUUUAAGACAAUAUUGAAUUGAGAAUUCUUGAAUCUGUUCGUAGCAGUGUCGCUGACUGUACCUAGUAUAUGUAUACAUGUAAAUAUAUUUUUGUAAAAUGUUACAUUUUUACUUAAUAAUAAUGUUUUUAAAACUA